CUCUCUCACUACAAAUACCAACUUCACCACUUUCCUUCAACACAAACACACACACACACACACAAGCUAGAGAGAGAUCACUGAUCACUGAGAAACAAUGGCAGCAGUAGCACAAAACUCAUCAUUUGUGAAAGCUCUAGCAGAAAACCCCACUCUCAAAUCCAUUCCAUCUCAAUUCACAUUCGCCACUGAUUCCAAAGGCUCCCAAUCCGAUUCACUCCCCAUCAUCGACUUCUCUCUCCUAACCUCCCCCAAUCCCGACCAGCGCUGCAGAGUCCUUGCAGACCUCGACAGCGCUUGUCGGGAAUGGGGCUUCUUCAUCUUGGUGAACCAUGGGAUUCCGGAGAAGCUUCUCAAGGCUAUCAUCGCGUCGAGUCUGGAGUUUUUCGAGCUGCCCGAGGAGGAGAAGAGGCGGUAUGAGGCCAAGAGCGCUUCGGACCCCAUCAAGUCCGGAAGCGGCAGCCUCAUCAACACGGCCAACCAAAGGGUUCAUUUGUGGAGGGAUUUUGUCAAAUCGUAUGUUCACCCCGAGUUUAACUGCCCUACCGAGCCUCACGCUCUCAGGGAGACUUUGCAAGAGUUCUCAGGGAAGACCCGGCCCGUGUUCAGGAAACUGAUGCACGCGAUCGGAGAAAACCUAGGGCUCGAACAAGGGUUCGUGGACGAAGCUUUAAAACUUGACUCUUGCUUCCAAUUGUACGCAGCCAACUACUACCCUCCCUGUCCGGAGCCGGACCAGGCCAUCGGUAUCCCCGCGCAUACCGAUCACGGCCUUCUCACGUUUCUCAUACACAAUGGAGUCGCAGGGCUUCAGAUCCAGCACAACGGAGAGUGGUUCGACACCUUCUCCCCACAAAACGCAAUCCUCGUUAACAACGCCGAUCAUCUCGAGAUACUGAGCAACGGGAGGUACAAGAGCGUGAGGCACAGAGCCGUGGUGAAUACCGAGGCAACGAGGAUUUCGGUGGUGAUGGCGAACGGGGCGGCGCCCGAGGCAGUGGUUGCUCCGGCGCCGGCGCUGGUGGAAAAAGACGGGCGUCCAUUUUAUCGUCCCAUGAAAUUCAUUGAAUAUGUGGAAACAAUGCUUAGCAAUCGACUUUUGGGAAAAAGCAACUUGGAUUGCAUCAAGAUUCAAGAUGAAUGAACUAUUUAGUAAUGUUUAAUUAUUAGUAAUAUGGAGUAACUUUGUUUAGGUUGUCGGAAUAAGUUUGACUCUUGUAUGUCGCAUUGUGUACUUUUAAUUAUUAUUAUACAAAAAUAUUUAUUAUGACUAA